CACCAAGCGAAAGCCCUUCUUCUUCUUCUUCUUCUUCCUAUAUAUUCUUCUUCCAACCAAAUCAUUAGUCAUGGCUUGCUAUCAUCCCACCUCGGCCUUCAUUCCAGCCACUGCCACUAAACUAUGCCUUUUCUUUUCACUUGUUGUGGGAAUGGCUUCUGCUCAGUUAUCCUCUAAUUUCUAUGCAACUUCGUGCCCCAAAGCCCUUUCCACCAUUAAAUCAGGCGUUGACUCUGCUGUGUCAAGUGAGAAACGCAUGGGAGCAUCAUUGCUACGUCUUCAUUUUCAUGACUGCUUUGUUAAUGGGUGUGACGCAUCGAUUCUGUUGGACGCGGGAGGAGAGAAAACUGCGGGGCCUAAUGCCAAUUCAGUAAGGGGAUAUGAAGUAAUAGACAACAUCAAAUCUCAAGUGGAGAAAAUCUGCCCUGGUGUUGUGUCUUGUGCUGAUAUUGUAGCAGUUGCUGCAAGAGACUCCGUCGUCGCUCUGGGUGGACCUAGUUGGACAGUUCAAUUGGGAAGAAGAGAUUCCACAACCGCAAGUGCAGCUACGGCAAAUAGCGAUCUCCCUCCUCCAACAUUGAGUCUUAGUGGCCUUAUUAGUGCCUUCUCAAACAAAGGUUUUACUGCCAAAGAAAUGGUGGCUCUUUCAGGAUCUCACACAAUAGGUCAAGCAAGGUGCAUAACCUUCAGGACAAGGAUUUACAAUGAAACCGACAUAGAUUCCUCGUUCGCAACAUCGCUGCAAUCCAAAUGUCCAAGCACGGGAGGAGACAAUAACCUUUCUCCUCUUGAUGUUACGAGUCCGGCAUCCUUUGACAAUGCUUACUUCAAGAAUUUGGUGGCCAAAAAGGGUCUCUUGCACUCAGACCAACAGCUCUUCAGCGGGGGUUCCACAGACGCUCAAGUUAAUGCUUAUAUCUCCAAUCCAACAAGCUUCCGAACAGACUUUGCCAAUGCAAUGGUGAAGAUGGGAAACCUUAGCCCACUUACUGGUUCAAGUGGGCAGAUCAGGACAACUUGCAGUAAAACCAACUAAGUGAAAGCAUAACACUAUGAUCCUGUUCGAUCAAGUCUCAUAUAUAGAACUAGGUCGACGUACGUGUUAUUUUUUAUAAAUUUGGCUGUCAUAAAGUCAUCAUGUGGUUCAUUUGACUUGUUGAAAAUAUAGCAAGUUUGUAUGAAUGAUGAAGAGAACAAAUGAAGAAUGUUAGUUAUCUAUCUAUACUAUAUAAUUUUCAAAACAA